GAAAAAAAAAACGCCAAGAGCAGUUCUCGUGAGCGAGAGACAGAAAUCUGAAAUUUGCGGUGUUGACAGAAAAUAAUAUGUUGUAAAGUCAGAGCUGCUGCUGGUGUAAAUUGAUUUUGACAAAUAUGAAGUUUUAUAAUGCAGGCUCUUGUUCAAGCAACUCCAUUUCUUCAUUUGGUCCAACUUAGAGCUGGCACUAUUUGCUCACAAGGCAGUUACUGUUUCCAAGUGAGGCAGCUUUCUGCAUCGAAGAGUGCAAGAAUGAGGCUCAUCCAGUUCCUGACUGUUGGUGAUCAGAAUGGAGUCAGAUUGGGAGUCGAGAAGGAUGGAGGAAACAUUAUUGAUUUGAAUUCAUUUGACAGUUCCCUACCUAGAACCAUGAAGGAGUUUCUAGAAAUAGGAGACACAGCUCUGGAAACUGCGAGAAGAGCUGUGGAUUGUGGGAAAAACACCAGAUGUCGCUCAGAAAUAACACUUCUAUCACCAAUAACAAACCCAGACAAAGUGGUGUGUGUUGGAAUGAACUACAUGGAUCACUGCCUGGAGCAGAAUGUAGCAGUCCCAAAGGAGCCGGUUAUAUUUAGCAAGUUUGGUAGUUCGAUAGUUGGGCCUUACAGCGACAUCAUUCACCCAGAAGAGAGCAAUGAAGUGGAUUGGGAAGUGGAGCUGGCAUUUGUUAUUGGCAAGAAAGGAAAACAUAUCAAGAAGGAGGAAGCAAUGGACCAUGUUGCUGGAUUCACAGUCGCUCAUGAUGUCAGUGCACGUGACUGGCAGAUGAAACGGAAUGGCAAGCAGUGGCUCCUGGGUAAAACAUUUGACACAUUCUGUCCAUUAGGACCAGCCAUAGUCACCAGAGAUGCUCUCUCAGAUCCCCACAACCUUGGGAUUCGCUGCCGGGUUAACAAAGAAAUUAUGCAGAAUAGCAACACCAAUCAGCUAAUAUUUAAAACAGAGGAACUUAUCGUUUGGGUGUCACAGUUUGUAACCUUGAAUCCAGGAGACGUUUUCCUCACUGGAACACCGUCUGGAGUUGGAGUAUUUAGAAAACCACCCGUGUUUCUCAAACGUGGAGACACUGUGGAAUGUGAAAUUGAUGAAAUAGGAACCUUGAGGAACUCUAUCAUUUAGGUUUACAGAGUGCUUUCAAACAAGGCUGAUUUACCGGCAAUAUGGAGCCUCUUUUCAUGAACAGAAACCUGGGCAUGGACAAAGUAGAGUUACAGUGCUUGAGGUAGACAUCCUGUCCAAAGAAGCAAACUUCAUUUGUAUACUGAUGACAGAAGUGCACUUCAAUUGGAAAUAAAACAUUCAGGUCAUGGCAUUUCAAGAUUCGUGAGAUAUGGUAAAUAAAUGCAGCCUUAUGGACACAAAGCAGUUUAGCUAUGCUGCAAUAUACAUGGAGGUUCCCAUAUACAUGAGGUCCUCACUUAAAAUUACCUAGUUUAUGUAAAACUCCACAAAGGUUUGUCUCUCAUCACCAAGACACCCUUCAUUUAAUGUGCAAAUCACAUGACACUGACCCAGCUCCCUCAUUGAGAGUUUAUAUUGUGUUGCUUCCACAGUGGAAACUUAUUCAGGACUGUAAUCUUGUUAAGCAGCACAAGAUUCAUUUCAACAUUAUUUACACGAAAAAACUGGCACUAUUUUGGUACUCUCUGUCCCAGUUUCUGAUUCAAAGUCACUCCCUUGGUCUAGGCUGCUAUCAUCUUGCCAGUUCCUGCUGGCCAAUCCAGGGUCCAUGCCUGCAGUAGAACUGAUCCUCUUGACUAACUGCAAGGCUUGACCCAAAAUCCCCCCAAAAAAAAACAAGUUAAAAUCAGAGAUACCACUGACAACACAUUCAAUUUUUUUUUGUUUCAGCACACAUUUAUCAAGUUUUCAAAAUUUUCCCAGUUAUUUUAAUUGUAUGUUACAAACACUUCUAAUUUCGAAUGGGUCUGCGCAUGCAUUAAGAUGCAUUCCAUCGUCUUGUUCCAAUUUUAACCGGCUUUCAUUGUACACAAUUAAAUAUUUUCAAUUGAUAAAA